AACUCAGCCAGCUGCUGACAGUGUUGUUGACCAACCCCAAAAAAACUCUCACUACAUACUUUACUUUAUUUACUUUUUACACUCUUAAAUAAUUAUAGAAUUAAUUAAUUAACUAUAAUUUUACUGCCCCCUCUUUCACAGGAGGGUUGUCCCUGCUGCCUAAAGGACCACUGGGGGUGGGGGGUUGGUCAAUAGUACUUGUCAGUUUGCAGUUGUUCUUCUGUUUCUUUUUGGUGCUGGUGCUGUUGACUUGUUGACCUUUUUGAGGAUGACGACGACAUAGUGCAAGAAUGUCGGGCAAUUUUGCAGUGGCAUUUGCAGUACAACCCAAACGACGUGGGGGUCGUGGGGGUGGAGGUGAAGGGGGUGGCCCCAAUCCGACUGAUCUCUCAAGUUUCUUCGAAUGUCCGGUUUGCUUCGAUUACGUUUUACCCCCCAUUUUCCAAUGUCAAGGGGGGCACCUGGUUUGCAGUAUGUGUCGCCCUAAACUUAGCUCGUGCCCGUCAUGUCGAGGCCCGUUGGGAAACAUUCGUAACUUGGCGAUGGAGAAGGUCGCAUCGACGGUAUUCUUUCCCUGUAAGUACGCCUCGAACGGGUGUCCCGCCCUUCACCUGCACCCCGAUAAGGGAGAACAUGAAGAUAAGCUGUGUGAAUUUCGACCCUACGUUUGUCCCUGUCCUGGAGCGCAGUGCAAAUGGAGCGGAUCUCUCGAUGGCGUGAUGCCGCAUUUAUUAUUGAGUCAUAAGUCAAUCACCACCUUGCAAGGCGAGGACAUCGUAUUUCUGGCGACGGACAUAAAUCUCCCCGGUGCUGUGGACUGGGUCAUGAUGCAAUCCUGCUUCGGCCAACAUUUCAUGCUCGUCCUGGAAAAGCAAGAACGACCCGAUGGCCACAUCGCUUUCUUCGCCAUCGUCCAACUCAUCGGCAGUCGCAAACAGGCGGAUAAAUUCGCCUACCGUUUGGAAUUGACUGGACAGCGGCGCCGAAUGACGUGGGAAGCGACGACACGAUCGAUUCAUGAAGGAAUCUCCUCCGCCAUUGCUAAAUCCGAUUGUCUCGUCUUCGACAGCGGAGUGGGGGGUCACUUCUCUGAGAGUGGCAAUCUUGGGAUUAACGUGACAAUUUCCAUGUUGACGAAAUUGAAAAAGCAGACGUCAUUCCUGGCCGAGACGGUCCCUUGUGGAGGUGGUGGUCAAGGUCAAGGACAAGGCCCUGGUCAAAAUCAAGGUCAAUGUAGUGGCGGACAUCCUUCCACGUCAUCCUCUGCUAUGGAUUGAGUGACCACGACAAGAACAGAACAGAACAGAACACAAGUCAACUUUAUUAUUGUUACGUAUUUAGAUUAGUUAUGUAUUAGUUGUACAAAUCUCAUCAAUCUCUCGACACCGGUGUGAAUGGUGGCGUUGUGGAACCGUGUGUGGUGGGGGGUACCAUGUCCCCACAGAAAGGAUAAUUCCCUAUCCUUCCCCCCCCACAAUCUUACCGCCCCCACGGUUUCACACGCCCCUCAAUAAUCAAUCAAUUAACAACACGAGUCAAACCUUUUUGUGAUCCAUAACCCAAGUUUUUCCUCAGUUAUAAAUAGUUCUUAAUUAAUUAGUAUUCAAUUAAUUAAAUAGUUCUUAAAUUAGCAGUACACGAUGUCAACAAAAUCAGGAAAUUUGAGGCAUUCCAACCCUAGCGUUCUCUCUAUUUACCAAAGCAAACCAACCAUUCCAUUUUUUGCGGAGGGUUAGGUGAUGAAUAUUUUUUUAUACAUGCAAAAUUGAAAUUGUACCCAAUUUAAAGUUUAUUUUUUAUGCCGGUUAAUCCACAAAGUGUGCAAAAAAUAUGUAGAUUAUUGCUAUUAUUUGAAUCGAUAUGAAACCUGAAUUAAAAAUAGAUCACAGUUAAAGUUUACUUAUCAA